AAUAUUUCCCCAGCCGCUGCAUCGUGCUCGUGGUAAGUGUUAAGCAGUAAGGAUCUUCAAAACACAACCAUGCCACCAACAGUGAUGAAACUUCUUGCUGAAAACAAAAAGAAAAAUCCCAAGAGAAAAGCUUCAGACAAAGAAAAAGCUGUCCCAGAUGAUGCUCAACAAGAGCUGCCACCGGCGACUAGAAUUUCUGUAGAAACUCCUGCGAAAAAGGUGAAGUGGACCAAUAGACAGAGGCUCCUUGUUUUUGCGUCCAGGGGGAUCACAUUCCAGCAGAGACACUUGCUUGAAAACUUGAGGAGCAUGCUGCCGCAUUCCAGAGCUGAGAGUAAAAUGUCAAAACAAGACCACGUUUCUGUUAUUAAUGAGAUUUGUGAAAUGAAAAAUUGCAACAAGUGCAUUUACAUGACCAAUGCUAAGAAGUCUGACCUCUACUUGUGGAUCAGCAAUGUUGCUGCAGGCCCCUCUGCUAAAUUUCUCAUCCAAAAUGUGUACACGAUGGGUGAAUUGAAAAUGACAGGAAACUGUUUGAGGGGCUCACGCCCUUUCUUGUCAUUUGACAAAACCUUUGAUCAGCACCCUCAUUAUCAGUUGCUGAAGGAAUUGUUUGUCCAAGUAUUUGGCACACCGAAUCACCAUCCCAAGAGUCAGCCCUUUUUCGACCAUGUGCUCUCAUUCACUGUAUUGGACAACAGAAUUUGGUUCAGGAACUACCAGAUUGUAUCUGAAGAUGGAUCAUUGGCAGAAAUCGGACCAAGGUUUGUGCUGAAUCCAAUCAAGAUUUUUGAUGGAAGCUUUGGAGGAAAUACUCUGUGGGAGAACCCAACAUACACUUCGCCAAAUGAGUAUCGAAAGCAGAUCAAAAGUGAACUUGGAAGCAAGUAUGCGUCUCGAAUCAGCGCCAAGGUCGAAUAUGAGCAGCGGCGCCCUGAGAAAACCCACGAGGAUCGGCCCUUGGAGGAGCUGUUUGAAGGUGACCCAUUAGAAAAGGCCUUGGAAAUAAGUGCAAAGCGGGCCAAGGGAAUUGAAUACAAGACAGGCGUAACUGAGGCUGAAGAGAAGGAGCCAAGAAAGUUAAAGAAAAAGAAAACUCCCAUGGGGAAAAAGAGUGGCAAAGUAGCUAAGAGGUCUUUGAAGGUCAAGAAGAACAAGAGACGUUAAAUUGUAAAACAAAAUAAUCAAUCCAUUAAAUGUUGUUUUGCUCUCAAAUGAACAUUGAUAGUUUUAAUCAUAGCCAUCCUUCAAUAUUAUCUCCUAAUGAAUGUCAGGCGAAUCUUAUCAACAUAUUCAUUGCAAUCUAUCAGUCCAGCGUCAGUAAUCUAGCACUAUGGAAAUCGAAACCCAGCUCUACAUAGUCGCAGGUGUGCUCUCAGGAGCCAUCGUCAUCCUCUUUGCUCUAGUCAUCGCCCUGAUAGUCCGUCUUGAAAAGGAGCGAAAGGAGCGCAAGACCAACGAAGCUAGGUUUCUCUCGAAUGCUGAUCCUAACAUCAGGAAAGGGGAGGAAAUUGAAAAGAGAGGCUACUCCUUGUACAAAGGCGUCCCUGGUCAGCCGCAAGUACCCCCAACACGCACCUCAUCGUUAGUCCACGAGCAGAGAGACUAUCAGCGUGACUCACACCGUGACAGCAGACCCACAUCUGCUUCAGGCCACUAUGGCAGGGACCACAGGCGCCACUGAAACAGCUUUCUUCGAGAAUGUUAUAUUUUAUUUAUUUCAAUUACUCCGCAAUCAAUACGAUUUGUGUGCAACACAAUUCACAUUAAAAUAAAAUUAUAUAUCAAAAUGA